AGUCGAAGUUCAAGUGAGCCCUACAAAACAAGGUUAACGAUGAAUGUAGACAGUGAGAACGGGAUCCCAACGGCGGGGUAUGUUUAACUGAGCGGGGCAAAAGCCACCACGGAUAAAAAGUGGACAUAGUUACAUGUACAUUCCCUAUGUACUCUACUUAUGGGCAUGUGUGUCAAGUAUUUAUUUCCCUUUCCAACAUUCACCACCCCGUCUAGGAUCUGCUCCGGGAUUUCCUUUUCAAGCCAGCCUGGCACCACGCUAUUCCUUUCCAGGGCCUCAUGCCCGAACAGGAAACUGCCUAAAUCAACCUCACAUCGCUUGAGCCUCAGUCCGGUUUCAUCUUCAUCGUCAGCACACUGCCACAUCUUCAAGCUCUCAUCUACUUCUUCUCCGCUGCUCUGCUGUUCUCACUGACCGGAUACUUCUCCUGUUGUCGGGCCCCCGGGCCUUCAGUCUUUCUUCUGUCACAAUCCGGCUUAGUGAUAAAUAAAGUUAAUGAAAGCUGUUUCAAAAGAUUGAGAUCCCCUUAUUUCUUCUUCACAACAUGGCUUGGAUCCUCCAUUGUCUCAUCUUUUCACUAGCUCUUCCUCUAGGCUCUAGGUAAUCUCGUUAUAUGCUAGGGCCUAGGGAGAUAUAGAGAAAGAGAACCCUUAGUAUGAGCUAUGCUUAAAGGGCCAAGAGUACACUCUAUUUUGAAGCCAUUUAAUAUUCAGUACCGUCUCUUACAUGGUUAUUCUGGCCUAUCGAAACAUGAACGUUGCUAAAUCCAGCUUACACUCCGUUUCCUGCCUAGUGUAUUCAUAAAUCCCCUAUCACAUGCACUUCUGCUACACGGGGUAAGAAAGACAUCGUGCCUUCGAUGUGCGUCGAGUAGCAUGUCUUCUGUCAUUCUGGGAUUUUCCCUCUUCUCCUGCCUCAAGAGCUUCACCUUGUUCACUACAUUAAUUCUGAAUCCUGUUCAUCGCUUCGCCAUCAAUGAUGUAACUUUUGUCUGUGCACCAGGGACGGCGGGGAUGGAUACGGCUGCUGUUCCAGCAAUGCUUGCAUGUUGUCAUUCUGAAACUGAGAUAUUGAUCUGGAGUCCCCAUUCAUCAGAGUUGGUGGGUGAACUUGACAAUCCUCCGUCUUUCAUGCUGACAUAUUUCAAAUGAUUGGGUUAUACGUUCCCAGUCUCCUUUCACGACUCGUUCCACUAUGAUUCGUCCACGGUAUCUAUCUAUUUUGGCCUCCUCCGUGCCCGGAGACUUCUUACUUACCUUAUUCGACAUUUUCCAUAUGUCUUAACAUUUGCAUCUUUUACUUUGUCUUCGGCUCUCUCUAAUCUCAUUUUAUCCGAUCCCAGGCCAGAGCGGUUCUGUGAGAGUCUUCGUGCAACCAUUUCUUACGGGUAUGUUCGAAACCUCGUUCUUCCUCUUCACUUCAAUUACUACCUUAGUCAUCCAGCCAUUUCGUCCCAAACUCCUUUCACCUCUAGAGUUUGAAUCGGCGCUGGUGAGAUAGUGGUAUGGAUAGUUUUGUUGGGGCCCGGGACAUUGCAGUCGGCAAUUUGGCAUUUCGCAAUGUCACAAUGUCGAAGUCGACAACGACCUUCAAUGGUCGAGAGCACCCUAUAGUCAGAAGUGCCCAUCAUGGUACCACUAGUGCUGCGACGACGAUUACAAUCUCGUCAGUUUCCCGAAUCGCUUCUAUAUUAUCCAGAAGCGCUUCUGUUUUGCCCACGGCCCAUAACUUCAGUUCUCGAGGCAAUCCUAUAACAAGCAUACUCCUAUCCUCUCAUCAACUGAAUGCUGGGAUCGCUGUCACCCCUUCUCAAUCUAAUCCUUCACCAACGAACCCUGCUCUCUCUUCUUCCUCACAGGGAGCAACUCAGAUAUGGACAACACCCACCCUGACUGGAGUAAAUAUGCCUGCGCACAGCAAUAUAGAGCUCCCCGAAGCUCAAUCCUCUUGAAAUGGGAGUCAUUAUCGGGGGAUCUGUCAGCGUCACGACCAUAAUUCUCAUUGCAAUUGCAGUUUUUGUGGUGUUGCGAUGGCGGAGACGAAAACAAUGCGCUAUGGAACGGACGGCUAGAUUGAGCUCCGAAAAGAAGCGUAAAAUUGGCAAAUCAUCUCGCAUAUCCUCUAGGCCCGCUCGAUCAUCUAAGUAUCCAAUGAGUGGAAUACACUCACAUAUGCGCAGCGUCUCAACUCACUUUGAGCAACACAAUGUAAUUCCCCAUCCAACUUCCCCUUUUAGCGCAAAGAAAAACCACACUAUUAGGCUCCUUGGAAAGGCGAGUCUACCUAGUCACUCAAGCCAACUCCGGGACGAUGCAUGGCAUUGUAUUCCGUCCCCGAACAUCCCGGGAUCAGUCAUUGGGAACUCCCGCCGUAUAGCGCCAAUGGAUUUCUCGGACCCCUUCCUUGACCCGCCUCGAGAUUUAGACCCGGAAAUUUCUUUGCGGCGCCCUACAACUCCUCCCUACUCCUUUCAUUAAAAUCCGUCAAACACAGCCAGGCGACCUAUGAGCAUUUCUUUGAUGCUAGACAAUAAUGGCGGAAUCCAAAAUCUUAUUCCUAAUCAACCUCUCCUAUACCACUAGGUAUUUGUUUCAGGCACCCGGAUGUCAGAGCCCCUUUCCCUCCUCAACGAAACGAUUCAACGGCAUCCCAAAUAGAGAGCAACUCUGCAAGCAGCGACAGCGUUAUCGUGCCCCCCGGGAGAACGAGCGAAGCCUCCUCUGGCAUCUUCCAGGCUUCAGCAUCAGAUAUUUCCUACAGGCGAACUAACCGUUCCCCACAAAAGAGCAGACUCGAUACUCGAAGAAGUGAUCCUUUCGACCUUGAAAGGCCUAACUCCAGCCCUGCAGACGAUGCUCCUACUCCUGAACUCCCGGACACUUGGAAUCCGCGGUUGUUGUUGCCCCGUUGCGUUCCUCACGAUUGAUUUCAUAAUGGGAUAUUCGAGCACAAGUAUUGUAUUAAAGUUGAACUUUCGAAUAUAUUAUGGGAGGAUUUGUAUAUUGAAUUUUUGUCACGGGAAACGUUCUCCCCAUGUCAUAUCAGUUACGGUCAGCCGGGAAUGCCUGCGCUGAGGAUUCCAUGUCGUAGAGUGUACUGGUGUCGGACUUGGCACGUUUAAUGUUUGUGUAAAUGUAAUUAAUCCGUUCUAGCGCGAAAGGAGAAUGGGAGACGGAAUAGUAGUAGCGGCAUAGGUUAAUUCCAUAUACGAUUGAAUGUGGUUUAUAAAGAUAGGAUUCUUAAUUGGCGGUUUUUGAGGGAUAUUCCCUCAGUAUAAGAGGAUAGGGAGCAAUAAUGAAUGUCUCACAUUGAUGUUUUUCAUUGAUAGGCAUAGACAAGGACCAUGGAAAGGAUACACGGCAAGGAACAACUCGAGAGAAGACAUCGUUUUUCUUUUUGGGAGAGUAUUUAUUAUUGUAUUCCUUUAAAUCAUGUCGAUCGUUUUGCUCGUUUUCUUUUACAUCUUUUUUGUGCCUUUGCCUAUUCACUUUCAUGCGAGUGAUUGUCGUCCAAAUCUAAUUUUGCC